GAGGAGGGGGCAGCAGCGGAUAGAACCACGAACCCUAAUAAAAACCCCAAACGCAGAAAGUUCCAAGAACCUUCCUCCUCCUCCUCCUCCGCUGCUUCCGCUGCUUCCAAAUCCACUAACAAGCCUUCAACCUUCCUCGAUAAGAUGCGAGUGAGGUUGUCCGGUGGCCAUUUCAGAAUGUUAAAUGAGAAGCUCUACACUUGCAGCGGAAAGGAUGCAUUCAACUUAUUCAAGGACGAUCCUCAACUAUUUGAUGUGUAUCACGCAGGUUAUCAAGAGCAAAUGUCACGCUGGCCAGAGCAACCAGUCAAUAUUAUCAUUAAAUGGCUGAAGAGCCGCAAUUCUUCUUUGGUGGUAGCUGAUUUUGGCUGUGGGAAUGCACACCUUGCAAGAAAUGUCAAAAAUAAAGUAUACUCUAUGGAUCUUGUCUCAAAUGAUCCAUCAGUUAUUGCCUGCGAUAUGUCUCAUACACCUUUGGACUCUGGUUCAGUGGAUGUUGCUGUCUUUUGUCUUUCACUAAUGGGCACAAACUUCCCUAGCUACUUGCAGGAAGCAAGCAGGGUUCUUAAGCCAUGUGGCUGGUUAUUGAUAGCUGAAGUAAGAAGCAGGUUUGAUCCGAACAAUGGAGGAGCUGAUCCUGAGAAAUUUACCAUAGCUGUCAAGAAUCUUGGCUUUAGCUUGGUUUCUAAGGACUUUACAAACAAAAUGUUUGUUCUUUUCUACUUUAAGAAAAAGGAAGCGGCUUCAAAAGUGAAGAACAUUGAAUGGCCGGAGUUGAAACCUUGUAUAUAUAAACGUCGAUGAGCUUGGGACUUCGGAAGGUGACAUUUUUGCAUAGAGUGUGUCGCUAAUGACAUGUAACAUUUGGCAUUGCGGUUGAGUUAUAAUGAUGGCUGUAUCUUGUUCAGAAUCCUAGAGGCAAAAUUUAUUUGAAACAUUUAUUUUUAUAUGCAAGGAGUGAAGCAUCUUUAGUGCACUGUACAGGAUGCUUUUACUUUUGUUUACUA